AUGUAUUAUUUUGUUAUUUUUACGGAAACAUUCAACAAUCUAGAACCAAAUGUUGUAUUUACUCAAUGUUUAAUAGAAACUUGUAAAGAAUACUUGACAGCAAUUGAUAUACGUACUAAUACUACUACGACCACUUCACUUCCUAGUUUCAUUUCGCCGAAAGCAAUCAUUCGUACGAAUUUAAGUCGAAUUGCACGUGAAAUAAGUCAACUAGUAGUAGCUAUGGAAAAUGGUGAAUAUGAUUUUGAUGGAAUUAAACAACCAUUG